AUGACUGAAUUUGAUUUUUCAAACAUUAAACCUGUUGAAUUAAAUACAGAAGAACCUCAACUAUGUCAAAUUUUAUAUGAUGAAGAAUAUAAAUCAAUAAUGGGUAUGCUUUUGGCAUUAAUGAAACAAAAUGAAUAUUCUGAAAGAGCACUAUAUUUGACUGAAUUGGGAAUUGAACAAUUAGCAUCUCAUUAUACUACAUGGAUCUACCGAUUUAAUAUAUUGAAAAAUUUACCAAACAAAAAUUUAUUUGAUGAAUUAGAUUGGUGUGAACAAAUUGCUUUGGAUAAUGAAAAAAAUUAUCAAAUUUGGAAUUAUAGACAAUUGAUUAUAAAUGAAAUAUUAAAAGAUGAAAAUGUUAAGUUUGAUCCAUAUAGAGAAUAUCCAAUUUUACAAGCAAUGUUAGAUUCAGAUCCUAAGAAUCAUCAUGUUUGGUCUUAUCGUAAAUGGCUUAUUGAAAAAUUUGAUUUAUAUAACGAUCUGAAAGAAAUUAAAUUUGUUAAUGAUAUGAUAGAUGAUGAUGUUUUAAAUAAUAGUGCAUGGAGUCAUAGAUUUUUUAUUAAUUUCAAACCAAAAAAUGUCAAUUCAGACAAAAUUGAUAAAGAAAUCAAUUAUGCAAAGGAAAUGAUUGAAAGAUGUCCUCAAAAUGCAAGCUCUUGGAAUUAUUUUUUAGGAAUUUAUGAUAAAUUCGAUAAAGAUAUUAUUGAAUUGAAAGAUUUUGCUUCAAAAUUUGUUAAUGUUGAUAAGAGAGAAGUUUCUAAUUCUUUUGCAAUGGAAUUAUUAGCAAAUAUUUUCAAGAAAGAGCAUAAAUACGAGGAUGCUAAACAGAUUUAUCAGUUAUUAAUUAAUGAAUAUGAUCCCAUAAGAAGUAAUUAUUGGAAAUUUUUAAUAGCUGAAUGUGAAGAUAUUUAA